CGUAAAAUUUCGGAUGGGGCUGCUGGCGACUACACUCGACGGGUGCGACGUGCUGCUGGGACGGGAUUGGCUGCGACAGUACAACCCGAGAAUCGACUGGACGACGGGCAGCUGCAGCAUCAAGAUCGAUGGGCACUAUCACGAGUUACCGAAAUGGACGGGACCCCGUAUGCGAAGUACCCAAGUCCACGCGAUCACCUUCAAGCGCGCGAUAAAAGCGGGAGCAGCAGCAUACGCCGUCGAUCUUCGCGAAGUGACGUCGCCGAUAACAGCGGGAGAUAUCACGAAGCUGUGUGAAGCCGUUCCUCCGGAUUUAGCAGAACUCAUCCGAAAAUACCCCGAGAUUUUCCCGGACGACCUACCCGCCGGACUGCCGCCAAGCCGACCCGAAGACCAUCGCAUCGAGCUGGAACCAGGGGCACAACCGACGGUACAGCGACAAUUUCGGCUCAGCCAACCAGAACUCGAGGAAUUGCAGCAGCAGCUGGAUUACCUCCUGACGAAAGGUUUUAUCCGCCCAAGCACAUCCCCAUACGCCGCCCCCAUACUGUUCACACCGAAAAAAGAUGGCGGAUUCCGUAUGUGCAUCGACUACCGCGCACUCAACCGCAUCACCAUCAAGUCCCGUUACCCGAUCCCGCGAGCCGACGACCUACUCGACCAACUUCGCGGAGCCCAGUUCUUCUCGAAAAUCGAUCCGCGAGGAGGUUACCACCAAAUUCGCGUCGCCGCCGAGGAUUGCCACAAGACCGCCUUCCGAACCCGCUACGGUAGUUACGAGUACCUGGUGAUGCCUUUUGGACUCACGAACGCGCCCUCGACUUUCCAGAUGACCAUGAACGGUGUUUUUCGCGAACUCCUGGAUAAAUGCGUAAUUAUCUACCUCGACGACAUCCUAAUCUACAGCCGCAGCAGGGAGCAGCACUUAAAGGAUCUUGAUGCAGUCUUCACGCUGCUGCACAAGAAUCGCCUCAUCACGAAAGGGUCUAAGUGCGACUUUCUUUUGCAGGAGUUGGAAUUUUUGGGACACGUCGUCCCUACCGAAGGCGUGAAAAUCGACCCCAGGAAAAUCAAGACCAUACAGGAAUGGAAGCCGCCGACCAACCUCAAGGAACUCCAAAGUUUUCUGGGUUUUGUCAACUACGUCCGCCGCUUUAUCCCCAAUAUGGCUGGGUUAUCUGCACCACUAACCGACCGAUUGAAGGAUCACGUUUGUUUUUGGUGGGGUGAGAAGCAGCAAGCUGCAUUCGAUCAACUCAAAAUCGCCCUCACGUCGCCGCCCGUUCUUCACAUCUCCGAUCCCAACCGUCCAUACGAAGUCGUCACCGACGCCAGCGACAUCGCCAUCGGGGCAGUUCUCCUACAGGAUUUUGGCGACGGGUUACAACCAGUCGCAUACGAAUCACGAAAACUGCAAGGCGCGGAGAAGAACUAUACAGUGCACGACAAGGAAAUGCUGGCAAUCGUCCACGCGUUCAAAACCUGGCGGUGCUACCUAACCGGAGCUGACGUCACGGUGCGGACGGACCACAAAUCCUUACAGUACCUGCGCGCCCAACCGAACCUCAACCCACGACAGAUCCGAUGGCUCGAUUUCCUCGAUUCAAAUUUCCAUUACACCAUCACCUACAAACGGGGGGCCAAUAAUAUCGCCGAUGCCUUGACCCGCCCUACUGUCCAUACCGCCGCGAUACUAGUCGCCCAGUCAAACCCAUUACUUACAGGAAUAUUCACCCACGGAUACAAGAUCGAUCCCUUUUUCCGCUCCGCCCACCAUCAACAGCAUACCACCGCUACUGGCCCGUACUUUCAUAAACGCGGUACCUCUCGCAUCUGGGUACCCGGCUACGAUUUACUCCACACCCUGCUCAUCCAGGAAUCCCAUGACAACCCUACCUCAGGACAUUUCGGCGUCGAUAAAACCACGAAGAUGCUACAGCGGAAUUAUUACUGGCCGAACAUGGCCGAUGACGUGCGCAAGUACGUGUCCUCCUGCACCGCCUGCCAGAUUAUGAAAUCGUCGCAUCAGCGAGCAGCCGGACUACUACAGCCGUUGGAUCCGCCCGAGCGACCCUGGCAACACAUCACAAUGGACUACGUGACAGGACUGCCGACCGGUCCCAGCGGAAACGACGCCAUCCUCGUGGUCGUUGACCGACUCACGAAAAUGGCACACUUCAUCGCCUGCCAACAGACAAUCACCGCCGAACAAACUGCGCAGCUGUUCAUCGCGAACGUCAUCCGCCUGCACGGACUGCCCUCCGCCAUCAUUUCGGACCGAGACCCAAAAUUCACCUCGAAUUUUUGGUGCCACCUGUGGGACCAAUUCGACACCAAACUCCAAUUUUCAUCGGCCUACCACCCACAGACCGACGGGCAGACCGAACGCGUUAACCAAACCAUGGAGCAGCUCAUUCGCACCACCUGUACUGACCCCUCGACAUGGGAGAAAUCCCUUCCGCUACUCGAAUUCGCGUAUAAUAACAACCAAUCAAUCACCAUUCUUCCUCACCUAUGGACAGGACCCGGUCAUACCCUCUACACCGAACGUCGAGUCCCCAGUACCCCGGUCCCAGAAAUUUGCUGAAGACAUCCUCGCCAUUCGCGAC